ACAUACCGUCCAGUUCCCUAGAAGCUGCAAGUAUCCCGGCCUGUGCACAAGGCCUCCGGAUGGCAUUGAGCCUGCGCGGAUCAGGGAUGGAAAAUAGCGCAUACAAAGAAGGUCAGAUAAGGCGCAUAUUGCCCUAUACGAGGCUGAACAAAGACAAAGACACCUAAAUACGUGAAUACGUAAAGGGGGGAGCUGAAAGAGCGCCCAGUCCUGAAUCAUACUCACAUGCUGCAACUGUCUAGUGCUUUCCUGAGAUGGGAUAUUUGCCCGUCACACAUUCAGGGAAGACUGCCCAAUCUAAUUGACUGUCUUGAUUCAUCGUUAGAAGAUCAGUUGGAGCUGAUCUACGAUCAUCAUUGCAAGGAUUUCGACAUCGGUGCUAUAAAAAUACAAAAGAGAACCUCCUCCCCAACCAUCAGCUCGAUUCUAUUCAACCAUGACCACCACGACAACAGCCAAUGGCCCCAGAACCCCCUGCCAACGAAAACCCCACACCCUAAAUAUCCACGACCAACGCUACAAUGCCCACUUCUACUCAGCCAUAGCCAGCAUAAUGGCCCUGCGCCAAACAUAUCUCAAAAACCGCUUCAUCUUCGUCCGGGGAGAAGACAUGAUUCCCAUCCUCAAAGGCCUUGGGGCCACAAACGAGGAUUUUGACUACGUCCAGCUUGUAAGCGAUCUAACAGGCCCCGACCCAACGCUUGACUACCGCACCGUCACCCAUGGGCGUUAUAGCAUCGAUUUUGCCUCGCGCAGCAUCCAGCGCCUCGAGCAGCAGCCUUAUACACUCACCGUGCAGGAGGACUACCGUCGCCAUGACUCCGGGGUCCCUAGGAUAUUCGACGAGACUCCAGCGGAAAUGCAGGGUAAUACAGUUGUGCAGGCGCUGCUCUUAUUCAAGGCUCUAAUCUUCCAAGACAUUCCCGUCACUCCGCGCGAUCACCUGGAUUACUCCGCUCCUAACUGGAUAACUACACUAUUCAACGCACGCACGCACACAGACGCACGAGCCGGGCUCCAAGGCGAACCCGCCCUCGAAGGUGUCCACUCUGACGGCUCCGACCACACCAUGACUGUCUUCCUGGGCAGCGACAACAUGCGCCCCGAUAGCGCCGUGACGUUCAUGCACGACAACCAAGAAACGACGGGCGUGGCGCUGAGUCAAACGAACCCCACGCUCAUCAGGGCGCGUGUACAGCAUCGCGGUUUCCUGGAUACAUUGGUGUUUGUGGAUCAUGAUUUUAAGCAUAGUGUUACGUCGGUUUAUGCGGUCGACGAGGAGAGGGUUGCGGUUAGGGAUAUGUUGGUGGUUUUUACGAGGAAGCCAAAGGUUGAGGGACAUGUGUCGGGGUAUGCGGAUACAAUGCGUGUUCAUCAGAGGGAGCCGUUGGAGGUGCCGAUGUGGCUUCCUUGACGGCAAGGUCCGGACAGGAGUUGAUUGAAGAUGCUUUGUUGGUGGAUAUGGUUGGAUGAUGAAGUGCGAGACCCGGGAUAUUGAUGUGAUGUCAUGCAGGAUGCAGUCGUAGGUAGAUGUGAAUUCACAUUCGUAUUUUUAUAUAAAUAUCAGAGCAGUGUGGUUCAUCACAUUUAAAAAAGUAUAUAUGGGCGUUUAUCUGCAUAGAACGGAUGCAAAUCCCACAGUUCGCUUCCGAAAUUAAUGUGACUGACGC